AUGAUGUACAAAACUGCUCUAGCUUUUGCCAGCUUUCUUGCAGCGGCAUCUGCUCUCCAGAUCACCGAACCGACCCUCAACGACAAACUCGACUUUUCCAAGACCAAUACUAUCAAGUGGAGCUCGGUAGACACAGAUCCCGACUCAUUCGAGAUUGUCCUGGUAGACCACUCGUCCUCGCCGCCAAGUCAGUUGACUAUCGCCGAUUCUGUUAAGACAUCGGAUAAUUCAUACUCGUUCUCAAACUUCGUGGCUCCUGUGGGUACAAAGUACCAAAUCAACUUUCUCGGAAACGAAAAGACGAAUUCCGGCAUUGUAGCACAAUCCCAAGAGUUUGCGGUCACAAAAUCAGGGGUUGCUCCUACUACCACCACAUCGUCUGGGCCUACCGCAACGAACUCACAGGCUGCUGCAAGCACAACAUCCGGAACCAAUGCGGCGGUCGCCAAUGGUCCCACCUUCGGUGUAGCUGGUGGAAUCAUCGGUGCGCUUUUGAUGCUGAUCUAA